AUGCCUCUUUGUGGUGGAGCGUCCAAACCCAUAGCCCGUAAAAUCGUCAUUCUCGGCGAUGGUGCGUGUGGUAAGACGUCGUUGUUGAACGUAUUCACACGAGGAUACUUUCCUCAAGUGUAUGAACCAACAGUUUUUGAGAACUAUGUUCACGAUAUUUUUGUCGACGGUCAGGCCAUGCAACUGUCGCUGUGGGAUACUGCUGGUCAGGAAGAGUUUGACAGACUACGGUCUCUCAGUUACUCAGACACCCAUACAAUCAUGCUCUGUUUCUCAGUAGACUCGAGAGACUCGCUGGAAAACGCCCAAACCAAGUGGGUUUCAGAAAUUGUCGACCAUUGUGAGGGAGUCAAGCUGGUGCUGGUAGCACUCAAGUGCGACCUGCGAAACACUGAAGAGUCUGCCGAGGCUAAUGGUGGUGCUGCUGGCGGCGACGACCCCAGAAAACGCAUGAUCACCUACGACGAGGGACUGGCAGUGGCUAAACAGGUCGGCGCACUCCGUUACCUCGAGUGUUCGGCCAAACGCAACCGCGGCGUCAACGAAGCGUUCACCGAGGCUGCCCGAUGCGCUCUCAGUGCCAAAGCCAAGGGAACUCAUGAAGAAGAGAAGUCCAGCAAAUGUGUCAUUUCAUAG